UUUAGGUUUUCAUCGUCAAUCGUUUUGUAACGAGUUUUCUCAGAUCCAGAAAUCGCGAUGCGAGUUUGCAGUCUGAAUUAGCCUAUUAAUGCGACUUACAUUUUGAAACAAAUACAGUCAAAUUGCUCUCAAUUCCCCAAAUCCUCCUCCAUUUCUCUCCUCCGUCAGCCGCCUCCUCCUCGCCGGCAAAUGGAAGAGAAGCACUCAACGAUGAGUUCCUCCCCAACAUCAAGCAAUUACUCUCACAAGACCACUCAAGAGCUCGCCGUCGAAGGCCAGAAGCACCUCGAGGAGACGAUCCAAUCCGCCUUCUUAAUCCUCUCCGCCAUGAACGACGAGCUCUGCAACGCUGCGCUUUGGUCCAACACAUCGUCCUCCGCCUCCGCCGCACCUCCUGGCGGCACUAAUCCCGGCGGUGGUCCCGCUAGCAUGAAUAACGGCCACCACGACGUGUCUUCGGACUCUUCUUCCGCGUCUUCCUCUGCCUCCGCGUCGCAGUCCCACACUCAGCAUCAUAAUAGCUUCGAGAUUGGCGGCGGCGCCCUCGACGAAGCUAGGCUGCAGUAUAAGGCCUCCAUCGCGUCCCUGCGUUCAGUCCUCCUCGCGAUUUCGAAUGCGCAGAAGGUUAAAUCGUCUGAAUCAGUUUUGACGAGUUCAGGAUCUGUGGCCGAUCAAACAGAAAUAGAGAAGCUUGAAGAGCAAGCCUCUAUCUUAAGAACGGAACUUGCAGAGAAGAACAAGUAUCUCAAGAUUCUGAUAGAUCAGCUUCGUGGCCUUCUAGGCGAUAUAUCCACGUGGCAAAGUCCCUGCACAGUAUGAGGCUGAUUUCUUAUGAGAAAUAGUAAUGUCCCGCAAGGAAAUUCAAGAAACUGUUUGAUGGUGGCUGAAAAGAGAUGGAGCAUACAACAAUUCUCCAAGUCACAUUUAACAUUGUAUUGAUCGUGCUAUCUUCUUGUCUUGUCUUCUUCAUACUGAUAUUUUCUCAAUAUAUUUGAUGAAAUGACAAAUAUUAUGGUGAAA